GUUUGUCCGAACUCAGGUGAGUCACGGAGUGCAGAGGGGGCGUAACCGGUAGUAGACGUCGAAAGGCGACCGCGUCGGCCCGCAACGCGUCCAAGUCGAACCAACGCCAGCCCCGAGUUUGCCAAAGAGCGAAAAGAGUUGACUUUGUGGGGCAUUGCUAUCCCCUCCGGUAUCCUCGGCUCAAGCGUUUUUCGACCCACCUUCCCGAACCGACGUCAUUUGGCGAGUGCCGUCGGCAUCGAUCGGCGAGGACGCGGCGGUCAUCCCGGACAGCGGCAUGGCGGCCUCGGGUCUGAUCCAGGACGACGACGACGAGCGCGUGCGCCCCCACGUGGAAGCGAGCGUCACGGCGACGGCGGCCCCCUCGCCGGCCGGCCCGGACGGCGGCCCCGCCUCCCCGCCCGCGGCCGAGGCGGCGGACGGCAGGAGCAAGCGGGGCAAAAUGAGCGGCCUCCUCCGGCAGAACCAGCUGGUCCAAAGCCUGAGCAGCGGCCUGAAGCGCCACUGCGACUACGUCAAGAUCUCAGUGCGCGAGGAGCGCGCCGACCGCCUCCCCAAGGAGUGGUGGAAGACGGGCGUGGCCUUCCUCUACGCCGUCUUCAACUUGAUCUUCACCACCGUGGUCAUCACCGUGGUGCACGAGAGGGUGCCCGACAAGUCGGUGAGCCCGCCGCUGCCCGACAAGUUCUUUGACUACGUGGGCCGCGUGCCCUGGGCCUUCACCGUCACCGAGGUCAACGGCCUGAUCCUGGUGUCCUUCUGGCUGGUGCAGUGGCUGCUCCUCAAGCACAGAGCCAUCGUGGGCCGCCGCUGCUUCUUCCUCAUCGGGACGCUCUACAUGUACCGCUGCAUCACCAUGUACAUCACCACCCUGCCCGUGCCGGGACAACACAUGGUGUGCGCGCCCAAGCUGUACGACGACUCGGCGGGGAAGAUCUGGAGGAUCGUGCGGCUCAUUUCCGGAGGAGGCUUGUCUCUGACGGGCUCCCACAUGAUGUGCGGCGACUUCCUGUACAGCGGCCACACGGUCAUGUUGACCCUGUCCUACCUCUUCAUCAAAGAGUAUUCUCCUCGCUGGAUGUGCUGGUACCAGUGGAUCUGCUGGCUGCUGAGCGCUUCGGGCGUGCUCUGCAUCCUGGUGGGCCACGAGCACUACAGCGUCGACGUCCUGGUGGGAUACUUUGUCACCACCAGGCUCUUCUGGUGGUACCACACCAUGGCCAACGCGCACGCUCUCCGUCGGGCGCCCAACAAUUUCCUGUCGCGCACGUGGUGGAACCCCGUGUUCAACUUCCUGGAGCGCAACGUCCAGACCAACGUGCCCGUGGUCUUCUCGUGGCCGCUGACGCUGCCGUCGUCGUGCCGACAGCGCUACCGCAUGGUGGAGGGCGGGAGGGACGAGUGAGGCGGCGGCCACGGCGCCCGGUCACGCUCAAAACGCUCCCUUUUCGUGGCCAGGCGCCGCUCGCUUGCUCCAUGGACAUUGGACAGACUAGAAAAGCACGCCGGUGCCGCCACGAGGCCGUCGGACGCGCGCUUUGUCUCGGCUUAGCGUUUGGACGGAGUGCCGGCGAGUCAGGCGCUUCUCUCCUUUCCUGGGCGACGAAGCUCGCCCUCGUUUGUUGGCUUCCCCUCUUUGGCUACCCGAUGAAACGUGUUGCUGUUUCAUGUUGUGAUAGGAGAGACGACGGGCGUCAAUAAAGGCCCACACGUGGACGCGGACGCGGCUCUGUCUAGCGGAGCUUUUUAUUCAACGAGCCACGGCGCCCGCUUACAAAAUCCACAGCCGCUUUGAUCGUCGCUUUCUCUUC